AUGAUGGCCAAGUUCCGACUAACAAAAAUAUCAGGAAGCGUCAGAGCAGCAAAUGUAAGAUUUUGUGAUGGAGUCGCCUCCCGUGCCUCGUCCAUCCGUAUCCCACGCUCCACCGAUGACGACGGCUACGGAUACUUCGAGGACCGUCGUCCAUCAUCCAACUGUGAUCCAUACACCGUCACUGGAGCUCUUGUGAGAACUGUGUGUUUGGAGGGAGCCGAACGCAAGUUGUCCAUGAUGUACGUGCCAAGUCAAGCACCAAAUAUUCAAAAGCAUUAG